AAAACAAAUGGUGCAGUAUUUACUAAUGAAAAUUAUUCAAUUAAAAUGAAACGUUUCCAUACUAUGUUGAGCUGUUCUUUUGCUUUAGGUUUAGAUCAUGUCGCUAAAUUAAUGCAUAAUUUAUGGAAUUACUGUAAACAAGUAUAUUCUGAAGAAAAGUGUUCCUGUGAACAAUUUCCGGAUAGUUCCAGUGAAGAAUCUGAGGUUAAAGAAAAUUGCAGAAAUAAAUUAAUAAAUAGUUUAGAUGCUAGUGCACUUGAGUUAAUGCGACAAAUGCUUAAAUAUUUUACAGUAUCUUCAGACACCAAACAAGAAGCAAGUAUUUUACCAGUUUUAGAUAUCAUGACAGAUUUUGCAGGCAAUACAUUUUUAACUGAUUUUUGUAUGGAUCAAAAUAUAUCGAAAAUAUCAAUUAUUUUAAAAAAGUUUAUAAUGGGUAAUUGUUGGUUUGUAGAAAAUAAUCCAGCGUCCAUCCAAAAACCUGUUGAUAAUAAUAUCAAUGAAAAUAAUUGCAAAGAUGAUGUACUAGCAAAAGAAAUAAAAAAAUUAAACAAUUAUUUAAUAAAAUUUAUGAAUGAUUCAGGUUUUAAAAAAAUUUGUAUGUAAAUUAUAAAUAUGCGAUGUCAAUACAUUUUCACGAAUAAUUUCAUCAUGAAUUCGAUUAUUAUAUUCUUUUAAAUAUCAUAGUUGUUAUAAGCAAUAAAAUUAAAUAAUGUAAUUUUUUUAUUGUUAGACUAGUAUAAAAUCAAUUAUUUAUAGGUGUUUGCGCAUAUUUUAUUGAAUAAAAAUUCUUAUGUUUAUUACUAUAUAGUUACAAUCUGUCGAAAAUAAUUAAAAAUAUAAUAU